CUGUUCCGGUUCCUUUCAUAAGUUUUACAAGUACGCCAUGAGCCAAAACUUGUGAAAAGGGAGUGUAAUUUGUUUUCAGUUUUAAUAUAUAGCAAGGAUUUAUAUUUUGGAAAAUGUCAUCAGCUGGUUCAAGCGGAUCGGGCCGCGGCAGAGGGGGUCAGGCCGCCGUGGGCGAUCAAAAAGAAUCUAAAGAAUCAAAACCAAAUCCCAAAAUGUCCAAGGCACUAGGAACUUCAGCCAAAAGGAUCCAGAAAGAGUUAGCAGAAAUAACUUUAGACCCGCCACCAAAUUGCAGUGCUGGACCCAAAGGGGAGAACUUCUAUGAGUGGGUUUCGACCAUUUUGGGCCCCCCUGGAUCUGUUUAUGAAGGGGGUGUGUUCUUUCUUGACAUACAUUUUUCACCUGAGUAUCCAUUCAAGCCUCCUAAGGUGACCUUCCGCACUCGAAUUUACCAUUGCAAUAUCAACAGCCAGGGAGUUAUCUGCUUAGAUAUUUUGAAGGACAACUGGUCACCUGCUUUAACUAUUUCCAAGGUUCUAUUGUCAAUUUGUUCCCUGCUUACUGACUGCAAUCCAGCUGAUCCAUUGGUAGGCAGCAUAGCGACACAAUACCUGCAAAAUCGUGAAGAACAUGACCGCAUCGCGCGAUUGUGGACCAAGCGUUAUGCGACGUGAUUCCUUUUUAACCCAGCUACUUCCAACGAGGUCACUCCCUUCGCCAAGAAUGGCAUAUUUUUUCA